AUGUUAAGCAAUGUGCUUCGAAGGAAGAGUCAUGAAGAAUCAGUAUGUCAACUAUAUAAACAACUUCUAAGGCAAUCCAACAAACUAAAGAAAAUCGAUCCCAGUAUACUUGCAUCUCAUAUCAACCACCAAAAUCCACAACAAUUUCUAAAACACACAGCAUUCGAACUCCGAUUCAACCUCAAAGAACAAUUCCGCUCACCCAUCACCAAUGAAUUAGAAUUAAGUGAGAAACUAAUAUCAGCCAUCCAACUCAACCAAAUCCUCGACCAAACAAUCACAUCGAACCAAUGGGAUGAAUUAUUCAAAUUUCGCGACCAACAACGAACCCAAACCAUCACCCACCAGAAACACACCAGUUCUCGUCUAGCUCGACAAGUCGAGAUUCUUGCCCAUCAAGGAAAAACACUCCGUGGAUUAGAAAUGAGACUUCAUUAUCAAUCCACAAAAAACGCCAAACAUAAAUCAUCAACCCAAUCACAUAAUAAAACACCAUCACAACAAUUCAUAAUAAACUCAGAAGAAAGAAAUCGACAACGAUUAAAUCAGGCACGUGAACAAAUUGGGGCAUAUUGUCAUACUGUCCUAAAUAACCAUCUUCGAAACCUACAAGCCGAUCAAGAAAUUCCGAAUCCGAACUUAUUACCAUACACGCCGGAGAAAUUACAAACGAAAGGUGAUCAAUACUAUGCAUAUAAUUUCGAAGACCGGACCACCAAAAGAGCAGUUUCAGAAGCAUAUGAUAAGGAAUACUUAUACGGAAUCGUCAUCCCCGGGCUAGAAUAUGAUAUAAAUUAUAAAUAUAAUUUUAAUAAGAUUAAAAAAAUCAUAAAUGAAAAAGGUCCCUGGGUAGUUCGAGCCAACAAGGCAACCGUGGCAGGUAUCCCUUUUUUAAAACUACCCCACUGGAACUCGGAUAAGAUCACAUUAGCCCGGUUUAUUCGUCGAUAUAUUCUCGCCAUGAGGAUAAUGUAUGCGUGGGAGGCAGUGGGUUCAAUUGAUGGGGAAAAAUUACAAAGAGAUGGGAGUUUUCAUAUUCGUGGUAGUGGGGGGUUUGGGUCAGAGGGGAGAAUGUUCCCGAGGGCGUAUUAUGAGGAGCUUGUGGAGGGGGAGAUCAUGUAUGAAGGAUUGCUUCAGAUUGAAGAGAAUAAGAUGAAGGAUGGUAAUGAGAAUGUGAAGAUUAAUUUUCGGGGGUUGGAAAAAGAAUGGUAUGGACCAUUAGAAGAAAGUAGUUUGUUUGUUAAGGAGCAGGUUGAUAAUCUUUUUAAAGAUAUUGAUGAGUAUAAGGGUGAGGAAUUUGAAGAAAAGAGAGCAAGGUAUCAAAAAGAAAUGUUUAGGAUGUAUGAAAGGAAAUUAUCAAAAUAUGAGAAGUUAUUAGAGGAUCUUUCGAAAUUUAAAGUUCAUAAACAUUCAGAAAUUGUUUCACCUCCAUGUACGGUUAGUAUAAGAAAGAAAUUAAAAGCUCGUGAUCUUCAAGGAAUUUUACCUCGUGUAGAUAGAAUAGGAAAAGGUAAAACCUUGGGAGAUUUCCUUCAGCAUAAUGAAUUAUAUGAUUAUCAAUAUGGAUAUGGAUUUACUAAAAGAUUCCGGUUCAAAGAAACUCCUAGUACCAAACUUAUAGAAGAUACUGAAGGCAACGAUAGGUACAUCCCGCCUAGAUCUGAUAGAAAUCCCAGAGAUAGGGUUAUAUCAAAUCGAUCUGAUAGAUCUCCUACAGAUCGUCCCGCCAAGAAUUACUCUCUGGAUAGACCUCCUAGAGAUUGCACCCUUAGGGAUAACACUAGGCAAUCUAGAGAUCGUGCUGAUAGGGAUAGCUUUAGACAACCAAGAGAUCGUCGUGAUAAAGAUAACUCCAGGCAACCUAGAGAUCGAACUGAUAGGGAUAACUCUAGACAUCCUAGAGAUCGUGCAAAUUAUACAAGACGUCCAUAG